UUUUGUAAUAUCCCUCAGAGUCCUGUUCUGCAUCGUCUUCUCCAAACCCUUGCUCUAUAUAUACUCGCUGUAUAUCCGCUCCCCAAACCCUCUCCCCCGUCGCAAGGUGCUCUCUCUCUUUAGACUCUCUUUUUCCACCGAUCCGAGAAGCAUCUUGCAAACAUGUUGGUCUACCAAGACUUGCUUACAGGUGAUGAGCUUCUCUCGGAUUCUUUUCCUUACACUGAGAUCCUGAAUGGGAUUCUAUGGGAAGUUGAAGGAAAGUGGGUGGUACAAGGAGCAGUUGAUGUUAACAUAGGUGCAAACCCUUCUGCUGAAGGAGGUGAAGAUGAUGAGGGCGUUGAUGAUCAAGCAGUGAAGGUUGUUGACAUUGUUGACACCUUCAGACUCCAGGAGCAACCCCCAUUUGACAAGAAGCAGUUUGUUGGAUAUAUCAAGAACUAUAUCAAGAAACUUACUCCCAAGCUUGAUGAAGAGCAGCAACAGUUCUUCAAGAAGAACAUUGAGGCAGCAACUAAGUACCUUCUUGCCAAGCUCAGCGACCUCCAGUUUUUUGUUGGAGAGGGUAUGCAUGAUGAUAGUACAAUAGUGUUUGCUUACUACAAAGAUGGUGCUGCUGACCCCACAUUUUUGUACUUUGGUGUUGGAUUGAAGGAGGUUAAGUGUUAAGAUAUCGAGAGCCAACAAGGAGUUUGAUUGAGGCCCUUGCUUUUAUUUUAAGUUUGUUUUAAUUAAAAUAUGGAUUUCUUCCUAGUUUUAUUAUUGGUUUAAUGUACUUUGGUGUCAUUUUUGUACUGCAAUUGGUAUUUUAUUAAGCUUUUAUCUUUAUAAAGCGUUGGGAUUAUGAAAGA